UGAACAACCAGACGGGAGAUGAUUGACGUUUCAGCGACACCGAGGUUCUCCAUUUGUGGAAACCUUGACCCCCCCAAAGACCAGGACCUGAGCUCCACGGCAACGAGCAUCAGGCAAAGAUCUCACUCUUAUUACAGCAAGGAGGACAGUAAGGAAACCCCAGCCCGGCCUCGCUCCAGGUCUUUUUACAGCUAUGAGACGUCGGAGUUGUACAGCCACUUCAGCUCGUUGUCCAGUCCGCUGAGACAGAGACCGAGCUCGACGCUCAAGACCCUCCAGUCCAAGAAGGAGGACAGAGACGGGGGCAAAGCUGGCCUUCCCGGCUCCUUCAAGAGGCCCAAGUCUAAAGGGAACAGGCAUUUGCUCUCCAGAGAACUCAACGGCGCCAAGGGCACCGUCUCCAUGAUGACCAUCUCCGAGUCGGACAGCUGGGAGAUCUGCUCUUGCUCGGGGAUGAAGUACGGACAGUUUGUGGAGUGGGAGAAGAUUGACCCUGAAGCUGCGAUGAGAUACCAGCAGAUCCUGAAGAGCGGACACCAGCAGCUGAAGACCAUGGCCAGGCGGGGAUUGUGGGCCGUCCCUCACACGCUGAGGGCCAAGGCGUACUACCACAUCAUCCACAGCAUCAACUCCAGCAGGGCCGGCCCCCCGGGCAGAGACGUCUACUUGGAGCUGGCCAAGACGCUAUUUGGGGACCAGAAGAUGAGCAGCCACCCCGUCCCAGAGUACAUGGAAGAUGGAGACAUACCAAGGUACUGUCUCAACAAAGCGGGUCUGAACUCGGUGAAGAAGAUCCUCCUCUGCCUCAGCAAAUACUUCCCGGAGAUGAGCUUCUGCCCCGUCCUCCCCGCCCUGGUGUCGCUCGUCCUCCACUUCAGCGAGGACGAGGCCGAGUGCUUCUACAGCAUCUCCCGCCUCGUCUGCUACGUGGACGCCAACAAGCGCUACGUGGACCAGACCUUCCUCACGUACCGCGCCUCCUGCAUGACCUUCGGAGACCUGGCCAACCGGUGCUGCAGGGGCAUCCGCAAGCUGAUCGCCGGCUCCCACCAGAACCUCUUCGAGUUCUACUCCGACUGGAUCAUGUGGAUAUUUGCCGACCUUCCCUUCACGUACGCCAUCAGAGUCCUGGACGUCUACCUGCUGGAGGGCUACAAGGUGCUCUACAGGGUGGCGCUGGCCCUGCUCGGCCUCUACAAGGCAUCCGUCUCGUCUCGAGUGGCGCAUGUGGAGGACUUCAGGGCGGACAUGAAAAGCUUCGUCCAGAGCGUGGACCGCCACUGCACGGUGGAGGAGCUGCUGGAACGGGCCUUCGGUGUCCCCAUGGCCACCCGGGCCGAGCUCAACCUGCUCUUCAACGCCAACAAGGAGUCACUCGUGCGAAAGGGUGUCAGCAAACAACAAAAGAGGCAGACGGUGGAGACGGUCGACUUCAACGUCUUGCGCUCCAGCGUCUUCACAGGGACUGAGAUGAGAGUUAUCUGGGCCUGGAUCCCCGAGCGCUUCGCUCUGUUCAGCCCCGUCAGGCUGUUCAGUACAUCCGAACACGGGAGAAGUCUCGCCUCCUUUUAUUCACAUUUGGAAGGACAUGAACCAGUGGUCCUGAUUAUCAAAACAGAGGAUGAAGAGGUGUGCGGUGCCUUCCUGUCGACAGAUGUGAUCAAAAGGAGAACCUGUGACUCUCAGGGUCUCGCGUACUUUGGAACGGGGGAGUGUUUCGUCUUCACGCUCCGUCCCAGCAUGGAGCGCUACCAGAGAGCGAUGGUCAACAUCAUGACCAGAAGAGCUUCCCCUGGGCCAGUCCAGCCCAGCAAGGCCGCCUCUGCUCCGGAGUCUCGUGGUGUCUCUCAGACGGAAAUCACGACCCUCACCUGCCCCGCCGAGACCCCCAGGGACCCCAGGGACCCCAGGGACCACAGGGACCACAGGGACCCCGGCUACCUGACCGGCCCCGUAUCCGCUCCGUUAGACGACUCGAUGACGGCCAAGGAGCCCAAGAGGCCGAAGGAGCAGCAGUUCUCCAUGUUCAUCGCCGGCGACGACAGUCGGCUCGUUAUUGGGGGUGACGGGGGUCACGCGCUCUGCUUGCAGCCGGACCUGGAGGGAGGAAACACCGAGCCUUGUGACACGUUCAGGAGCAGCCCGCUCUGUAAGGGACGGUUCCAGAUCCAGUCCCUGGAAGUUUGGGGAAUCCAACAAUCCAUCUGCUGUUUUCCCCCAAAGUAGAGCAACGAUCACAGCUUCAAAACUGCGUUUUAGUCCACACUGAACCAGUUUUCUUGACAUUAAUUAAGGAAACCUAAUUUGUAUGGAGUUUCCAAUUAUUUAUCAUUUGGGAUGUAAAUUUAUACAAACACUGUAAGAUUAAGUUGAUUUAUUUAUGCUAAUAUCCAAGUUAUUGUCUUAUAUAGUGUACUUUUAUAUGAGGUAAUUGUAUGUUUUCCUCUAUUUUGUAGCUGCAUUUGAUUUACAAUUUUACAUAAUGCACUGCUUCCACGCUCUUUCGCUUGCACACUCAACACCUUUACUGUAUAUGAAUGUUUCUCCUCUCAGGUUGUAAGUUCAGAUAUUUGUUUUUAUUUUGAAUGGCUAAUUAUUGUAUUUUUUUUCUACAUUGAAAAAGGAAAAUAAAAUAAUUUAGUAAGUUU